UUUAGUCUAAAUUUAUUAUUUGUUCUAGGAGAAUUACCAUGAACAAGAUUUUAAAAAAUAUUAUUUAUGUUUAAGGAACUUUUAUGUUUAUAUUUUUAUAUUUUUUUUUCGUAUUAGAGAAAUUUCAUUAUGUAAACUUAAAAAUUUGUUCAUUAUUAAUUUUUAGACUCUUCGUUAUUUUAUACCAAACAAUGCAUAUUUUGACAUGCUUUUCCUAGAAAAGACAAAAAUAACACAACUCUCUCUCUCUCUCUCUCUCUCUCUCUCUCUCUCUCUCUCUCUCUCUCUCUCUCUCUCUCUCUCUCUCUCUCUCUCUCUCUCUCUCUCUCUCUCUCUCUCUCUCUCUCUCUCUCUCUCUCUCUCUCUCUCUCUCUCUUAAACAAAACUCAUUCAUAACCACAAUAGUCGGUGGCGUCGACGGAAGAGACUCCACUAAAGCCAGCCACGAAUCACGCUCACUGACCGUGCAAAACUCGCUGCUCAUCCACCGUCGAGAGCCUCACUCACUACCAGGCUCGACCCUGACCAUAGGCGGGCUAGGCCUGUGCCUAGGGCCCACCUAGUCCAGGGGCCCAAUUUUUUUUUUCUCUUUUAAAAUUAUAUAUUUUUUUAAAUGAUUUUGAAAAAUACCAUAUUUUUUCUAACAUAAGGGCCCUAAAUUUUUUUUUUCCUGUGGCCCACUUUGUUUCAGGACCGGCCCUGCUCACUGCUCAUUUCCCCCUACAAUAAUGGGUAAGUUUUUUUUCAAAAAAAUUGUAAAUAUUUUGAAGAGUAUGUAGUUCAUUUCCAGUAAAUCUGUGUGGUUAUUGUUUGGAUUGGUGUUAUGUUGCUGCUUUUCUGUAAAAUGGCAGGAUCUGGUUUUUUCAGCGAGAUAUAGAUUUUUCACGCUAUAUCAAUGGUUUAUGUCGAUGUUUUAUCGUUGAUAAGGGUACCAAGGUUAGGAAAGACUCUUAUCAAUAAUUUUACGAUAAUUUUAGGAUAUCUCAAUAAUUUCCAUGGAUGUGUGAUUUUUUUAUUUUGUAUUUUUUAGUUUUUUAUUGAUGGUAUCUUGAUGGGUUAUCGAUACUAUCUCGAUAGUCUUGAGAAAUUUAUCACUUUCUAUCCAUCACACUUAUUUAUCGACAACUUGUCGAUGCUUUAUCGAUUGUUGGGAGAAAAUUAUUAUUUUGUCUCCAUCAUGAUUAUUUCUCGAUAGUUUGUCAAUAAUUUUUUCAAUUUCUGCCUAUAAAAUAUUGUUCUGUGUCCGUCACGAUGGUUUAACGAUAUGUUCUCGGCGAAAUGUAUAUUUUGCUAAUUUUGAGUGUUUUUGAUAUUUUUUUGAGUAAUUUGCGGCAAAAAUACCUAAGUUUUAUGCCGAGUAGCAGAUAAAUACCUAAGUCCUAUUUUUGGCGGUAUAAAUACCUUCCGUCACUACUCUGGAACUUCCGUAGGUACCUCUCCGUUUUUUGCAUUGUAAUGUGCCAGGUGUCGUGCCAUGUCAUUAAAAUGUAUGCCACAUCACUCACACCACUUAAACUUAACCAUGCCACAACAUACAUUAAAAACCCUCUUAAAAUAAAACCCUAAAAUUAAUUAAACCCUCUUAAAAUCAAAAUAAAAAUACUUACAAAAAAACCAAAAAAAUAAAAAAUAAAUAAAUAUUUUAUAUAACUCAAACUUAAAUAUCUGAGGCAAAACUUUUCCACCAUUGUUGUAAGCUCGAAGGUGACAGUGAGGCAAUGGGACGGUGGUUUUGCGAUUGUAAACCACCAUUGGAAGUUGCGAUUCGCACCUCUAGGACGAUGAAGAAUCCUGGGAGAAGGUUCAAGUGCUGCCCAAUCCAUAAGAGGAAUGGUGGGUGCGAUUUUUUCGAGUGGGUUGACAGGGAGAUGUUUCGAAAUUGUGGAGGUGGAUGUUGUAUCCAUGGAGAUUGGAGUGGGCAUGAAGUUUCGAUAGGGUACUGUUUUGUGCAUCAACAAAGAACAGCCCCUUGCAGCCAUGGAGUUUGUACAAAUGGAGAUGUUGAUACUCAUUGUAGUAGUCAUCACAGUCAUGCACCUUUGGAAGAUUAUAAUGAAAGCACAUCUGCAUUUGAAAGGGGAAAAGAUAAUUAUUGGAUUUGGUUUUUAGGUUGUGUAGUUAUAGUUGUACUCUAUGUAAUGUUGUUCUGAAAUGAAGAAGGUUAAGAAUUGUACUAGUAAGCUUUAAUGUAUGAAUGAAUGACUCUUUUAUGUAUGAAUGAAUUACUCUUUUUUAUUAA